AGCUAAAAAGAUGGUUCUUACUAGGAAAAAAUGUAAAGAUCUUGGAAUAGAACUAUCCACUGACUUUGACUCUUUACAAACCAAAGGAAUGCAGACCAAGAUAACGCAUUUCUAUAAUAUAAAAGAGACAACAAAGGAAGUAAGACAAAGGAAGGAGGUGGAAACUACAGCGACUAAAAAUUAUGAUAUUAAUGACUGGCUGUUAAAUAAUUCCUUGGCAUGGUUACUUAAUGCCGAGGAUUCCACAGGACCCAACCUGGCCCAGGAAUUAAUAACAGCUGCGGAGGAAAAUUCCUCCCUCAAUGACUCAGCUACACAGGGAAGGGCAGCUAAUAUCUCAGCUGUAAGUGUUUCCAGUUCAAUGCCCCCUCUUGAAUCCUCAUCUAUCUAUGGAGAACUCAAGACUAAUUCCUUAGAAUUUUGUCAUUCCCAGAAAGAGACAGAACAUCCGGUUGUGAACAACCAACAAGGCUCUGUGGUGGAUGAAAACUGGUCCCAAAUGGUGUCUCAAUCUUUGAUUCAAAUUUCCAAAUUUGUAGCUGAGUCGAAUUCUCUGCUUUCUAUUCUAAUGGAUGUUAUCUCCAAGCAAGAAUAUCAUCAUAAAGAACCAAUAGUAAACUUACCUACAACCUCACAAGCCACGCAGACCACACAACUGAAAUCCCUUUCUGACAUAUCAUCUAAAAAAUCGAAAUCGCAGGAACAUAAACACCAUAAGAAGAGCAAAAACAUUAAAUCCUGCAAAAUUCGUCAUAAAUCUCAUAUGAGAUUUGAUAAACUUUUUAAAUUACUGGAUACUCCUAUUGCUCCUAACAAGAGGAAAAAGAGGAGAAAAAGGAAGUCUAAGAAAACAAAGCUGGAAAAGAGGGCAAAUACAUCUACAUCGAUUCAAAUGGAACAAAAUAAUAUUGUUGCUGAUCAAGAACCUCUUAGAUUGGAAUCUAAUACCUUAAUUACUUUACCCAUCUCUCCUAAUGUGAAACCUCCUUUGCAACAAAAAAAGGUGACUCUGGAAGAUCCUGAAUUGCCUAAGAUCCCCAAAAUUAAAUCGUGGGAAUUAGUCCUAAAUAAGGCAAAACUAGCUAUAAUAAACUAUCCUAAACCGAAAGGAGCAUUGACUCAAUUUCAACGAAGACAGCACUUUCAUUCUAUAAUGGAACAUAUCUUACCUGGAAUAGACUGGUGUAUAGAAGUUGCCUCAAUAGAAUACCUUUUCUAUAACUAUGUAGAUGCCAGAGCCAUACUUUCAUUCCAUGAUAAAAAAAUAGCUGGCCUCUUAUAUGAAAAUAGAAAUCUACUUCUUUUGCAGAACUUAAAGUGUCUCAGGGUCUUUGAAAAUAUAGCCCCGUUACAAAGCCUAUUAUCUUUGAAUUUAAAUGGACUUAAAUCCCGAUCUUUAAAAUCAAACGGGGAGGCAAGUGACCAGGCUCCAUUGCUGGCAUCCCUUGAAGAAUUGCCCACAAAUAUUAUUGAGAAACGAAGAAAAACUUUUGGAUCAUUUACUUGGAGAUCACCAGCAAUUAAUCACAGAGAAAGUUGCAAAAUUUUGCACAGCCGCUAUUCUCUGCAGGAGAAAUCGGGUGGCAAGGUGUGUGUGCUGGAAUCUAUGGAGGCCUGGAAGAAAUUGGUGUCUGGGUCCUUGACACAGUUUCUUUGACAUCACUGUUUCCCAAAAGAUAAAGUUUUACUUUUUGUGUGUAAACAUUCUGUAAGGAAGGAAGGACUGCGAUAUUUGGCAUGUUUGUGCCUGUGGCAUCUUUGACUUGAACGGAAUCCUGUGGGCACAUGCCUGUUUAGAAUAACUCAACAGCUACUUGUAAUUUUGACUUUGAUGAGGUCUUUAGCCUAAAUCUAAUUGCACAAUAUCUUCCUUGUAUGUCAGAGCUAAACUGUCCUAUUUAUCUAAGUGACAGAGUGCAAUCUUAAACAUGUCUACUCAGAAGUAAGCCACAUUGAGUCCAGUAGAAUUUACUCCCAGGUAAAUGUCUCCAGAAUGUCAGGGGUAAUUUAGAUAUCACUAUUACUAAUUUCUUCAUGUAGAUGUUUGGGUACAUCUACAUCUUAUAUAUCUGGUAGUGGAGGACAUCUCAUGUUUAUGCCAAAGGGGAGGAAAAGCCUUUUUAUUCAGGAUAUGUGAUUCACAAUGCUGUUUAGGCCAAAGUACCACAGUUUAAACCAAACUGAAUGAAAGGAGCCCAUGAAGCCAUCUAUUGGAUUAUUGUUUAUUUGCAUAGUGUCAGAUGUACACUUGGCAUUUUAUAAAAUAAAAAGUAGAAUUUUAGCUUCUCAUAUCUUGAAGGAAUAGAAUUAUUUGCUGUCUGCCCUUGCCCCAGGCUGACCUCUGUUCUCCGUCUGUUACUAGUGUUAUGUCUCGUAAAAUGUCUCCCCAUUGAAUUUUACCAGUAAACAAAUUGUCCAAUUAUGAAUGUUUCA